CAUACAUAAAUAUUUUGGUGUGGCUGUACGUCACAUACGGAUAGCGAAUGGGUGUUUUGCAAGUGCAAGUGAAAUAGAAGACGUAACGUGUGAUGAUUUUAUCGCCGAUUUGUCCAAUAGGAACGAGAAUUCAUCGAGGGAUCAAGUAGUCUGAUUGUGUUUUAGACGGCAACCGCCCUAUUGCCGAGUACAGUGACAUCAUCAGCUGCUACUAAGUUUUAUUUUGGGUAUUUUAAAGGAAAACCUAGUGCCUAGUUAAAUAAUGUACAUUUUGCUAACAAAGAACGAAUAAUCACGUGAGCAACCAAACAAAACCUUCAAAAUGAGCGUAAUGGGUUUCACCGAUAUCAUGCAAGGGCCGUUUGCUCAGUACAUACAAAUUUCUAAGCAAAUCGGAGGUGACGUUGGUCAACAAAGCCAAUUGGUCCAGCAGGCUUUCAAUGCGCAACUGGCUUACUUACAAUUGGCCAGCCAAUCGGCCAAACCAGCCAACCAAAACGAUCUAAUGAGUUUGUUGAAACCGACGAGCGACCAAAUCAGCGCCAUACAAACUUUCCGCGAGAAAAAUCGCACCUCGCAGUUUUUUAACCAUCUAUCCGCCAUCAGCGAGAGUAUUCCUGCCUUGGGAUGGGUCGCUGUAAGCCCAGCACCUUCCCCAUAUGUCAAAGAAAUGAACGAUGCCGGCCAAUUUUACACCAAUCGCGUCUUGAAAGAUUGGAAGGAAAAGGAUAAGCGUCAUGUUGACUGGGUCAAGUCCUGGGUGCAAACUUUGACUGAAUUGCAGGCUUUCGUCAAGCAACACCAUACCACUGGCUUGGUGUGGGGCGGUAAGACUGCCCCAACGGGAAUACCACCACCACCUCCUGGAGGUUGCCCGCCUCCUCCGCCGCCAGUCGUUGACCUUGGUAGUGCCGGAGAUGCUGGGUUGGAUAGGUCAGCUCUGUUCGCCCAAAUCAAUCAAGGAGAGAAUAUUACAAGAAGUUUGAAGAGGGUCACACCUGAUAUGCAAACCCACAAAAACACCGGGCUCAGACAAGGCCCAGCUCCGUUCAAAGCGCCGGCUCAGUCUCAAACUAAACCAUCAGCUCCCGUAGAAAAACCGCCGAGUUUCAUAAGGGACGGCAAAAAGUGGUUGAUUGAGUACCAAAAGCAAAACCACAACCUUCUGGUCGAUGGGGCCGAAAUGAACAAUGUGGUCUACUUAUUCAGAUGCAGUGAUUCUACCGUCACCGUAAAAGGAAAAAUCAACUCGAUCACCUUGGAUUCUUGCAAGAAAACCUCCGUUGUUUUCGAUAGUCUCGUAUCUUCCAUGGAAUUUAUCAAUUGCCAAUCCGUUCAGAUGCAGGUGUUUGGUAAAGUUCCAACUGUAUCUGUUGACAAAACCGAUGGCUGCCAAAUUUAUCUAAGCCCCGAUUCGUUAGAUGUGGAAAUCGUCAGUUCAAAAUCUUCGGAAAUGAAUGUACUCAUACCUAAGGGCAACGGUGAUUACACCGAGACUCCAAUCCCCGAACAAUUCAAGACUACCAUAACACCAAAUAAAACCCUGUCUACCAUAAUAGUAGAAAGCAAGGGUUAAUUUUACAAUAAAAAUAAUAAUAAUACUAAUUUAUAUUUAUCCUAGAGUCUAGUACCUAGACUAAAACUAACUAAAUAAGCAAUUUUAUACAUACAUUUGUAAAUUGAUACGCGCGCUAGUAAAAAAAGCAAUAUUUCUUAAGGUAUAUUUAUUUGGUUGUGGAUCAUAUCAGAACAAUUCUUUUUGUAAUCAUGUGUGUUACUGUAACUAAAUGUUUAUUUAAAAUAUUUGUUGGGCUUCAUAAAUAAAAACGUAUUUCAUUU